GGCUUGGACUCGGAGCACCACAAGCUACCACCAUGCCUUUCUGCUCUGCUCUCAUCUGAAAACCCCCUGCUGGAUUCCAACCUCCCCCGCAAGCCCGGCUGUGAUUUUUGAGACUGGAACUCACCAUGUAGUCCAGGAUGGCCUUGACCUCUCUACAUGGCCUAGCUGUUCCGCCCUGCCUCGGCCUCCACAGUGCUGCGAUGACAGAUAUGCCCACCACACCCAGCAAGUGGUACUUGCUAAUCCCACAGCAGGAACAGAAGCAGAGAAUCUUAGAGGGGACCAUAGCAGACGUGGGCCCAAAGGGCACAGAGAGCCAAGCUGAGUACUGAACACCAUUGGUUGUUUCUCUGGAGCCUCUCCUGUUGGUGUGUGGUGAAGCGCUUUCUCCUGGGCUGGAGCCGCUGCAGCCACUUUGCGACUAUGAGGCACGCUAGAAGCCUACAAGGCUUCUCUGCAUCAGAAGGUGGCAUCACCCGCCUUGGCCCCCCUGGCCUUUGGAUGGAUCACGUGAAUUCCCCGCCUGUCUCGCUGUUGCACUGCUCCGUGGAGCUUUGGCAAGAGGACGCCGGAACAGUAGCUGUGUUCCGUUGUGUGGCACCGCUACCGCGUGUCCAUGGGGAGAAGGACUUGUCCUUGCUCCUCGCGUGUAGCAGAUGCACAGAGCCUGCGCCGGACGCCGCUGACGGUCCUCAUCGAAUUCUGUGUUGGCCACACAAGGCCCGGUGCUAAUGAGCCCUGGCUCCAGCCCUGCGCCGCCUCCGCCCCCUCCUCGGCCUCCAUUCCUGCGAGCUCAAGCGCUCCGCGAGGCAAAACCCCACCCCGACCCCCGCCUUCCGCGCCGGCUGAUGAGGUGCCGGAGAGAGCCCUGUUACUUCCCUUCCGCCCGGCACGAGGCGCGGGGCUUUGGUUUUAUUACGUGGCCCAUAAAUCACGGCCGGCACACGCUGCGGGGCCUGGGGCCCUCCGUGCCCUCCUGCGCUCUGUAAUCCUGUGCAAGGCUCUGAGCACAGCCGGUGUGGCUGGGACCCACUUAGCCCUUCCAGUCCGGCCUUCAGCCACCAAGGGAACCCGCUUGGCCGGUUUUGCAGCCCGGGGCUGUCAGGCUCUGCGGAGGCCUUGCCCGAUUGGAUUCCAAGUGCCCUCCACAAAGAAUAAAGGUCACGCUGGGGGACGGAGUGGCUUUCUGCGGGCUGUGGAUCUUAGCUUCCUGCGAGCACAGCCUCCUGCGAGCACAGCCUCCUGCAAAAACGCGUAUCUUCCUGCAAAAGAAAAAGCACGUCUUCCUAUUCUCCCACACGCUCGGCAGGCGGAGGUCUUCUGCGCCGCAGCCUGUCAGCCACCGCCGCAGGGCAGACGAAGAGGGGACCAGGCCAGGAACCCACCGCCCGUCCCCAGCGCGGUCCUCUGUGUCCCCAGCCACCAGGGGGACCCGCGGGGGAAGCCAGCGUCCUCUCUCUCCGGCUCCCGCCCUGGUUUUAUCACGUCUCCGUUUCAAUUGUCUCUCACUUUAUGAAAAGUGUAUAUCACUCCGUGCCGGGUGGUGUUUCGGGAUGCACGUUCCUCAGAUGUCACAGGGAAGAUUCAUCCCCGCGGUGGCCCGGGCUCACUGCUUCCUGGCGGCUCUGUGCCUCCCACGGGUGGAUGUUUUGCAGCGCACGGCCUGGUUCCCGCCUGGGGCCGUGCAAUGACCGUGGUCAUCGUGGGGUCACUGUACACAGUGUGAGGCGCUCUUUGCACCGGCUGGGUGGGCACAAGGAGAAGCAGCAUCGGCGGGCACCGCUGAACACGGUGGACGGGAGCCCGGGUCAUGGGGGGGAUGAAGCCAUAAGCGUUGCCCGGCCAGGGGCACUGGGGCCAAUUCCAACUUCCCCUUUAGGGUUUCCUGAGCUAUGGGCUUCGCAGUCUUGUAGGGAGGUCAAGAAGCCCAAUAAACUGUUUUACCUAUUGCCCACCUUUUUCUGUUGCGUGAGUCAGAUUUGUGUUGCUGGGACAAAAUACCUGAGAUAAAUAAGGUGAAAGAGAAGUUGGAUUGGGUUCAUGGUCUCGGGGGCUCAGUCCAUGGUCGGCUUCCCCAGGGGUCUCGGGGGGCUCAGUCCGUGGUCGGCUGCUGUAAGGCAGGACCAUCAGGGCAGACGGGUGUAGGGGAGGAAAGAUACUCACGUCAUGCUGUCCAGGGAGGAGAAAGAGAGAGAGGAGAGAGAGAGAGAGAUCAGGAAAGUGUCAGAAAGAAGUGGCAUUUGCCAAAUUUAGUGGCAUUUGCCAAAUAAGACAUUUGCCUGUGAGGUGGGCAGUAAUGGAGCACAGAAAUGUGCACUCCUUGAUCAGUAUUUGGGAGACAGAGUCCCGCUGAGUCCCUGCUGCGUCACAGGGUCCCCCCGGGGACUUGGGGUGCACAGGCCGUCCUGGCUGUGAACCUUGGACAGGAAGAGGGGCACGGGACAGACGUGUGGUGGUGUCGCAGAUGGCACCCAGGUGUGGGCAGGGGCUCCUCCCGCACCCUCUCUCGCCGAGGCACCCUGAGAACCGGGGGAGAUGGACCCAGGGGCCCUGACCGCAGCUGCCUUCCCUGGAACCAGCCUGGCCUGAAA